AUGAGCUCUGCAUUCGAAGACGAGGACCUCUCCUUGUCCAUAUCCAACUCGAAUCCGCGUCGCAGUUCGAACAAUGGCGGCCCCAGCAAUGGGCCGCUUCCCCAGAGGUCGCGUCAAGGCCAGGCUUCACAAAACAAGCAAGAUACGGCUUCGGUUGCUCGGGUAAACCAGCGACUCGGGCAGUAUCACGUCGUAAAGACGCUCGGAGAAGGCUCGUUUGGUAAGGUUAAGCUGGCUGUGCACCAAGUCAGUGGACAGAAAGUAGCGUUGAAGAUCAUUGCGCGCAAAAAGUUGGUUACGCGGGACAUGGCCGGGAGAAUCGAACGGGAAAUUCAGUACCUACAAUUGCUGAGACAUCCCCAUAUCAUCAAGCUUUAUACCGUGAUUACCACGCCUAACGAGAUCAUAAUGGUCCUCGAAUAUGCGGGUAUCGAGCUGUUCGACCAUAUUGUCGCCAACGGGAAAAUGAGCGAGGACAAAGCUCGCAAAUUCUUUCAGCAAAUUGUUUGUGCUGUGGAGUACUGUCACCGACACAAGAUCGUUCAUCGUGAUCUGAAGCCAGAGAACCUUCUUCUGGAUGAGAAUCUUAACGUCAAGAUUGCCGACUUUGGUCUGAGCAACAUUAUGACGGACGGAAACUUCUUGAAGACCAGCUGUGGCAGCCCCAAUUAUGCGGCGCCUGAGGUUAUUUCAGGAAAAUUGUAUGCCGGCCCAGAGGUAGACGUUUGGAGUUGUGGUGUCAUCCUCUAUGUCCUGCUCGUCGGUAGACUGCCCUUCGACGAUGAGUAUAUUCCGGCUUUGUUCAAGAAGAUUGCCCAAGGCAGCUACACAAUACCGAACUACCUUUCAUCCGGAGCAGGGCGCCUUAUCAAAAAGAUGCUAGUCGUCAAUCCCGUGCAUCGUAUCACUAUCGCUGAGAUCAGGAUGGACCCAUGGUUCAACAAGGACCUUGCGCCUUAUCUGCAGCUCCCGGCCGAGGAAUUUUUCGAUACAGGUGUUGACCCGAACAAAGCUAUUGAUCCACACAAUCUGGGCCCGGCAAGGCCUGCCCCCGUGGUGCAGCAACUUCACGACACUGUCGUCAGCAAGCUCGGCAAGACGAUGGGUUACGCGAAGGAUGACGUGCAAGAAGCCCUGGCAAGAGAUGAGCCGAGCGCCAUCAAAGACGCAUAUCUCAUCGUUCGAGAAAAUCAGAUAAUGAAGACAAACCCUCUGUUGUCUCAAGAGAGUUGUCUGCAGCCAUUCCUGGCCACGUCCCCGCCAAACUACGAUGCAAGGUCUCCCAUGUCACCAAUCACGCAGCAUAUGGCACCACCACAACCACCGACAUCCGCGGUUCAGAGCAGCAACGAAAGGCCUAGGCACGGUUCCACUUCGAGCAAUCAAACCAACGUCACCGACUACCGUACUCCCGUCAGUACCAUUGCUAUUUUACCGAGCAGCCUCCCUGACUUCCACCGUGCCUACAUGGCCGGGCAUCCAAAGCCGAGGUCCUCGCCCGAACCAUCUUCACAGGGAGACAUCGCCGUGGCGGACACAUCAAUCGCGCAAACCCCCCAACAGCAGGCUGCGACUGCUCGACGCCUGAAGCCUCACACUCGUUCCCGCGCAGAGCUGGAGAAAUCGGGUAUGAAGCCCGAGGCUAUGACGCCCAUCCCAGCGAAGAAGCCGCGGCCAACCAAAUGGCAAUUCGGUAUCCGGAGCAGAAAUCAGCCAGCGGAAGCCAUGUUAGCAAUUUACAAAGCAUUGCGAGCAAUGGGUGCUGAUUGGGAGGUGCCAACCUCAAGAAAACCCGGUGGCGGCAGUAAUAGCGCAGAUGCAUCUCCUGCUAUCUCAAGAAGCGCAUCGCGUUCAAGGAGCUCUUCUACGGGAUCAUUGGGGGAGCGUGGGCAUCAUGAUGGCAGCUCCUCUGAGUCUGAAUCUGACUUGAAUGGAGACUCUGGCGAUGGUGAGAGCGGCCUCCGUGUGCGCAAUGACGCGGACUCUGGCUCUAGAUCAAGAGGCCGGGCACGAAAGGCCUAUGGUCUUUGGAACGACUGGGGGUACCAAAUACCGGAAGAUCCUUGGGUUAUCAAUGCGCGUUUCCGCAAGGAGGGCAUGUUCCCACCAGGCAUUGCCCACCCCUCUUCCAGUCACUCCUCGCGUGUCGACUUGCACCACGAAUAUCAAUCUCGCAGUCGUUCGUCUAGCCUUGCUGGGGGCGUUCUGAUCCACCAUGACGACUCUGGUAGCAACAGCUAUGCAGGUCCCGGUUCGACAUCUUACCCGCAAAGCAAAGGCUCCAGCGCGGCAGCAUCCAUGGCGGGCGAGGCUCUGAACCAAACAGAGGCAGAUCAGGCUUGCUACGUCUAUCUGACCAUUCAGCUGUAUGGCAUCGAGCCCGGCUUUUUCCUGGUCGAUUUCAAAUGCGCUGGUUAUGAGCGACUAAUCCCAACGUUGAUUCGUGAGAUAAAAGUGAACAGCAGAGAUGGGCGCGAGGAGUGGCGACGUCUGGGCGAUGGCGAGGAAGUGCCACCUACUUCCGAGGAUGGAACCGAGACCGAGACGAGACAGAGGGUCGAGUCUCUCGGAGCUGGGCGGGCGAGUGAUGAGAAGAGGGCUACGAGUUCCUUCCCAUUCUUGGAUGUCGCUGGCAGGCUUAUCAUACAGCUUGCUGAAGCAGAUUAA